GCAUAGCGUGUCGGUGAAUUAUACGUCAUCGUCUUUUUCUCUUCUCCACCCGUCUUGUUUCUUCUCCCCCUCUGAAGCAAGCAAAACCAGACAGAUUUCAUUCACGGAGAAUCGGAGGUGAAGGAAGGCGUCGGAAAGUCAUGUCUUACGAUUACCUCUUUAAGUACAUAAUCAUCGGUGACACAGGUGUAGGGAAAUCAUGCCUCCUCCUGCAAUUCACCGAUAAGAGGUUCCAGCCGGUGCAUGAUUUGACCAUUGGAGUUGAGUUCGGUGCUCGGAUGGUCAACAUCGAGGGCAGGCCCAUCAAGCUUCAGAUUUGGGAUACCGCUGGGCAAGAAUCCUUCAGAUCCAUCACUAGAUCUUACUACAGAGGGGCGGCUGGGGCUCUUCUGGUCUAUGACAUAACUAGGAGAGAGACAUUUAACCAUCUAGCAAGCUGGUUAGAGGAUGCUCGGCAACAUGCAAAUCCCAACAUGACAAUCAUGCUCGUAGGGAACAAAUGUGAUCUUGCUCACAGGAGGGCUGUCAGCAAAGAGGAAGGUGAACAGUUUGCAAAGGAAAAUGGGCUCUUGUUCUUGGAGGCAUCUGCCAGAACUGCUCAAAAUGUUGAGGAGGCCUUCAUAAAGACUGCUGCAAAGAUCCUUCAGAACAUUCAAGAAGGCAUUUUUGAUGUAUCCAAUGAGUCAUCUGGCAUCAAGGUUGGGUAUGGACGGCCCCAAGGUCCACCAGGUGCUAGGGAUGGUGCUGUUACUCAGGCGGGUGGAUGCUGUGGUUAAUUGAAACAGGAACGGUUUCUGUAUUGAUCCCUUCCUACAAUUCUCAUCCUUCUAUGUAUAUACCAUUGGAAAUGCUGAGGAGCUGCCUGAGAGUAUUGACUGUAUAGAACUGGUCUCGCAUUUCUUUAAACUGAACUAGGAAUUUAUAUGCACAUAAGAGUUCAUUUUCAGUUUCUUGGACAUGACUACCUUAAACUUCUCAAUGUUAUCCUCACUUUCCAUUCUUAUGUAAAUCAUCCAUCAUACUAGUAACAAU